AUGGCAUUCUCAACCAUCUACAACGUCUUUUUCAAGAGAAAUUCGGUUUUUGUCGGCACCGUUUUCGCCGCUUCCUUCGUCUUUCAAGCCGCUUUUGACAGCAGUGUCACAGCGUGGUACGAAGCCCACAACAAGGGUAAGUUGUGGAAAGAUGUUAAGUUGAAGCUUGCCGAAGGUGGCGAUGACGAAGACGAGGAUGACGAAUAA